GACUUAUUGGAAUCAAGCAGCAGUGGCACUUUUAUUAUAGAAACGGUCCCUUUUAAGACUUGAAUAUUAGAAUGAGUAAGAUAAUAAAAUGCAGGCUAUGUGUUUUAUUUCGGCUUAGGCAGUGUAAUGUCAAAGUGCGUAAUGAUUCUUACUCGCGCAGUCGGUGAUUUGAGAAGAAAGAGUUUAGUAAGAGUAGUAUUUCCUUUUUUCCUCUCUCUCUCUCUUUAGUGGCAUGCUCAAGUCCCAUUCUCUGGUCAAGUUCAGUGCGUUGUUCUCCGGACCGGACGGACGCUUCUUAUUGGUAGGUUGUGACAGUUACAUCACGCCGCCCAUGACGCGCACGUCUUCCUGUUUCCUUCAGCCGCGUCUUAAAGUGAAUCUUUUGUGGCGGAGGAGCGCUCCAGCAUCCAGUCCUCUACAUCCAGUGCGCCUCGGAGAUGCACACACACGCAGUCUCUCUCUCUCUCGCACUCUUUCUAUGUCUCUUACUCUUUUAGUCACAGCAGAGGAUAGAGGGAGAGACCGACGCGCAUAAGCUCUUUUCAUCUUCUAUAUUUUUCCAGUUUUGUUCCUUUCGCCCGCGUCGCUGACUUUAUUCCAGCUCUUACUUCUCUGAGAAACUAUUACAUCCCAGCACCCGACAAUCCACCGUGCUCUGUGUAUAUUCUCUCUUUUGCCGUAGGAGUUCAGGUUGUCCCUCUCUUCAUCUAAAGGGUACUCAGAGGCUUUGAUCCUAGAGGACUGAGUUUGUGGGAUAUGGCCCAAUAGCAGCAGCCCGUGAUGCCGGACCAUGACAGCGACUCCCUCCUAAACAGACAGACCAAGCGAAGACGUGUGGACAUUGGUGUUAAGAGGACCGUGGGCAGCACAGGCUCCUCUGCAGCAGCCACAAUAGUAACCACUGAUAACAUUGCCCGCGCCAAAGCAGCCAUUUUCAGUGCCAUGAACUCUCUGAGCUCCCACUCUCACCCCGGAUCAGACACCGACUCCAUGGAGUGCUCUGUAGUACAGCCACAUGGUGGGCCUGGCGUUAUGUCAGCCAAUGACAGUGAGUCCAAAUCCAAUGUACUCCGAAAGCUGCUGAAGAGGGCUAACUCAUACGAGGACACCAUGAUGCCCUUUCCUGGCACCACCAUUAUCUCUCAACUUCUCAAGAAUAAUAUGGCUAAAAAUGGAGGAGGGCCUGAGAGGGGAGAAAGAGGGGAUAGGGGUGAUAGAGGGGACUCAGGCUUCCCCGGAUCAGGUCUCUCCAAUACAAGCUCAGAUGCUCCUCAGGAGGAUGCCUGUAGUAACUCCUCCCAGGACAGCACCCCUCAAGAGUGCUUGUCACCAUUUGGACGUCCACCUGGUCUGGCCACCUUUGACAUUGAACGUCUCAGUGAUGAACACCUGCGUGCCAAGCGAGCCCGUGUAGAGAAUAUUAUACGUGGUAUGAGCCACUCACCCAGUGUGGUGGUGCCUGCUGCUUCCCGUCAUGAGCGUGACCAUGAGAUGGAUGGAGGACGGGAGAUGGAACUAGACUGUCCACCUCCUCAGUCUCAGCAGCAAGCCCCCAGCAGCCCACGAGGAGGUGAGGUGUGCAGCGGGAGCGGUAGCAGUCGAGAGAACAAGCGUAAGCAGCGUCUGCCUCAGCAACAACAGCAGAGCUUCACCCAGCUGGUGUGCCAAAGGAAGGAACAGAAGCAGGAAGAACGACGGCAGCUGAAGCUGCAGCUGGAGGACAUGCAGAAACAGCUACGCCAGCUGCAGGAGAAGUUCUUUCAGAUCUAUGACUCAACCGAUGACUCAGAGCACAACGACCUCCACAACGACCUCCACAAUGACAUAGGAAACAUGUCGGAGGACAGCCCAGCCAGGUCUGACACUGGAGGAGAUGACCGGGGUGGAGAUGACUUGCGCUCAGACAAUGAGAUGUCUGACUUGGACCCAGGCCAUUUCCUGGACCGGGCACGGGCAUUGCUUCAGGAGCAGGCCCUGCUUGCUGACAGAGAGAAGCCUAGAAGAGAGGGGCUUGGUCGAAACAAAGGACAGGGAGGUCCAGGCUCCUCCAUGCACACUGAAGGAAAACAACUGGCAGAAACACUGAAGCAGGAACUCAAUUCAGCGAUGACACAGGUGGUGGACACAGUGGUUAAGGUCUUUGCCAAGCCUCCACGUCCUACACCUCAGCAGGCCUUCCCCCCACUUUCCAUACCUCCUGAAAGAUUUCCCACCACUGUCAAUGGAGACACCCCCAACUUUCACACUGCCAACCAGAGGCUGCAGUGCUUCAAUGAUGUCAUCAUUCCCAAUCCACUCGACUCCUUUGCCAGCAUGCCUGGGAUGCCAGGUACUACCAGUGACCAAACUGAGGCGCUGCCCUUAGUCGUGAGGAAGACACCCAGUGAGCACCACCACCAGUCUUCAGCUAUAGGUGCCCAUGGUGGUCACCACCACCCUGCUCUUCACCCCUCCUCGCUCUCUGCCUCUAUGGGCUUCAGCCCUCCAUCCUUUAGACACCCCUUUCCAUUGCCUCUCAUGGGCUACCCUUUCCAGGGUCCCCUUGGUGCGCCCACAGGUGGAUACACAGGCAAGGACCGCUCCUCACCAGACUCCAUGGAUCUGUCACGGGAGACCACCAGCCUGAGGACCAAGAUGGCAUCAGGGCACCACCUGGGGCACCACCAUCGCUCUUGUUCGCCAGCGCACCCUGGCAGCACAGUGGAGGGUCUCUCCCUGUCCCUCAUCAAGUCUGAGUGCAGUGACCUCCAGGACAUGGCUGACAUCUCCCCCUACUCAGGCAGCAAUAUCCAGGAGGGUCUGUCUCCCAACCAUCUGAAGAAGGCCAAACUCAUGUUUUUCUACACUCGCUACCCAAGCUCCAAUAUGCUCAAGAUGUUUUUCUCUGAUGUAAAGUUUAACCGCUGCAUAACUUCCCAGCUAAUCAAGUGGUUCAGCAACUUCAGGGAGUUCUACUACAUCCAGAUGGAGAAGUUUGCCCGCCAGGCCAUCAAUGAUGGAGUCACUGGAGCUGAGGAGUUGAGCGUCAGCCGCUCCUGUCAGCUGUUUAGGAGUCUGAUGGCAAAGGGAAAGAAAACAAGGGACUUUUCUCAGGUCCCUGAUCGCUUCCUGGAGGUGGCUGAAAUCACACUGAGAGAGUUUUUCAAUGCCAUUGUGGCCGGCAAAGACGUGGACCCAUCCUGGAAGAAGGCCAUCUACAAGGUCAUUUGCAAACUGGACAGCGAGGUCCCCGAAAUCUUCAAGUCCCCCAACUGUCUCCAAGAACUUCUACAUGAGUAAAUUUCCCCUCCUCCUCGCUCAACACUUUGUGCUUUUUUAUCUUCUCUGAUUUCAUACAGUUUCAAAACAAUAUUCUUUUGUUUUUUUCCUUUCCCCAAACUUCAAAUUUCCCGGGGUUUGUUUGUUUUAUUUUCUUGAAUGUAUGAAUGAUAUGAAGUAGCAUUCCCAAUCUGGAGCCUCUGUGGCAGUUCCUAAAUGACUUAGCUAUUGUGUUGUUGACAGUUAUCAUGUUGGUUAAUAUCUGUUUUGUUUUUCCAUGAUUCUGCUGAAUUGAAGAGACUCAUCUUUCUGGGUGUUUUCUGGACUGCAUGAAUUUGUUUUGGCCUGUUAAAAGAUCAACACUAACUGAGUCCUCAGUGUGCACGAGGAGUCUCUGAGUUCCCAUUUACACUGCUAAAACAUAGGCUGGGUUCCCUAAAGACUUUAAUCACGGCACCAAGGGGUAUCCCUCCAAUCCAGCGGGUGUCCAAAUGAACUGUCCCCACAAUGUGGGCGUCCAAUAAACUGUGCAACUGAAGAUGCCCCUAACAGGACAGUCACACACACACAUAUGCACACAAAAACAAGGCUUAGUGAGGUUAUUGAUUGGACUAAGACUGGACUUGUGAUACUGGUCUGUGGUAUUUGGACUGGUUUCAAAUGGCUACUGAGCUCUACCAUGUUUUGAAGUGUGUUUUCCCUGUAUGUAGGGCUUUGUGUGUACUGGGCAUAUAUUAUUUUAAUUAUUAUUGUUCUUGUUUAUGAAUAUUAUUUGUCAUCACUGCUUGCUGAAGAUUAGCACUUCGAGAUUGUUUGUUCCUUGAUGCCGUUACAGAAAAAAAAUAAAUUAUUGCUAUUAAUAUUACUCCACAUGAGUUUAGAUUGGUAAAUAUUUUGCCCCUACUUUCCAUCUUCGCAGCCCUUUUGUUUGUCCAUCCCUGAAGUAGACUCUCGUUGUUUUUUGUUUGUUUUGUUUUGUUUUUUGGUGGUCAGGGUCUGGGGCAACAUGCCUGGAAAGAGUUCCAAGUUGUGGUUUUAAUCCAGGGUCAUCAGAGCAGGCUCCUCCUGGGCAGGAACAGUCUGGAAACAAAACUGGAAAAGGAGUUAGGCUACAAAAAAACAUGAAGUAUUUACAAAGCAUGGCCUAAUUAACUCCUGUUAGAUGAGGUCAGCCCGUUUACAUGAUAGGUUUUUAAUGUGAUGAGUCUAUAUGAGAGCUAAAUCACAUUAUGAAGUUACUUCAAUGGUAGCUGAUACUUGAAUAUAUCAAAAUACUGUGGUGAUCUAAACUGUAGUGUUGUUGAAACAACAGAUAACUGAAGACAAAUAGAAGCAUCACAAAGAGGAAGAUAAUUCAACGAGGGCGAAGGGUGAAUAUAAGCUGGAACACAGGCGUUCACUAAUUUUGCUUCAAGUGGAACUUCACCCCCACAAACAACACACACACACACACACAGCUCCUUCCUUCCAUGCUCACCUGCCAGCUCUCCUCUCAGUGCAACAAUACGAGGUCAACGGUGAGCACUCGUCCCAGAGGUAGAUGGAGAAGCUCUCAGCACUACAAAAGUAGAGACAAAGGUACAGAGCGAGGAUCAACACACACCUGAAACCCUUUGCUCUGUCCUGCUGUCCCGCACUUUUAAGACCCAGCGUGUGAUUCUGCUGAAGCCGCUGUGCCCAAGCUGUUAAAUGCCAUUCCUUUCACUUACACCUGACAUUCGAAUCCCAGAUUUUCCAUUUAAGUUGUACAUGUAUAUUUAGUGAUUUAUUACUUUCAUACGCCCUCCCAGGCUUUUAAGAUUUUUAAGAAGCAGUUUGUGUUAACUGCCCCUUUGAUGAGGUAAGUUUUAUGCUAUGAGAGGACUUAAGUGCUUUGUAGAGUGCGUGCGAGCUAGCAGUUGAUCUCACCUUGGCAAAAUUAGCUUAUUGUGUGUGUGUGUGUGUGACAAAAGAUCAAAAGGUGCAGGUUGCUUAACCUGCUGACUUGUCUAAGCAAGACAAAGCGCUUGACAAAAGGAGGCAGAGAAAGACAGAGAGCUACUCCCUUCAUUAUGUUCCCCCCGUCCUCCUCCUUCUCCCUGGACAGUGUUCUUCUUAAGAUCUGGAGCCCUGAGAGAGUGAGGCGGACACUUUUCUCACUGAAGGAUGGGCUAGGCCCUGCAUGUCUCAAAGUCUCAAAGCGCCACAAACAAAGGGGAAAGGAAAGGACACUUUUAUCUGAUGCACAGAUUAUUAUUCCCCCCCACCUUCCUGCAACCCCACCCUAAAGUUAAAGAGUUUCUGCACCUAAAAGAUUAAUUCAGGAGAAUGAAGACUUGUGUGCAAAAAAAAAAAAUUUAAAAAAGGAUUUAGGAAAGACCUUAAUACCAUGUUUAAAAUAUUUUUGUCAAGUUUUCCUUUUCUGGUUUUGCUUGAUUUUUAGAAUAACAUUAUUGAAAUACAUAUAUAGCCUUUUUUAAAGAAUUGUAAAAUAUGAAUCUAUGGGAAGAAUAUAUACUGUAGUGAAAGUCCUUUGAAAGGCACUAUUAGCAAUUGUUUCAUAGAAGAAAUCUUGAGGGUAUUUUUAGUGACAGCUUUGUUUAAAGCCGUAUUCUGAAUAAGUGGGUUGUUGGUAGAUUAGGAGCAAUAGUUGUAGGUUUUGUGACCGAUUUUCCUUUUGGCUUCUUUACCUUUUUGUAUUAUGUUGAAUGGCUGUCUUCUUGAGAUCAGAAAAAUAAACCUGGAAUCUGUUUUUCAGAGUAUGAAAUGUUGUUGCUACUGUAAAUAAUGUCAGGAUGAAACAAAGAAUAGCUGUACAUUUUUCUAUUAUCACUCAGAGUGUUAGAGAAAGGUGAGUGUGGUUAAAAAAAGAAGGGCGGAGAAACAGAGAUGACCCGCUCUCUCCAAAUAGACGCAUAACCACCCUGCCAUGCCUUUAACGGGAGUCUGUAUCCCAUCAGCAGUGCUCUUGAAGUUGCACCAGCAUCCGUUUCUUUAAUUUUUGCUGUUAGAACGAUGCAUUAGGCUAGCAGUUGGGCAAUGAUGAUGUCACAGAGUGGCACGCUGGCAGUCUGUGGACCCGGUCUCGUCCAAAAACAAGGGCAGACCACAGCAGCGUAGCUCUAGAUCUGACCUGGAACAGAGACAGUGACUCAUUGUCAUCAGAAGAUAAAGGAGUGUCAUGGAGGGGGCACAUUUUGAAAGUCUCAGUUUAAAAAAAGAGACUUCAGACAGAAAAUGAUGAUUUAUACCCUUUUUUACCAGGUUGGGCAAAGUUUGGACUUUAGUGGAAUUUCUGUACACUUUGUAUUGGUGUGUGUCAGUGUGUGUGUGUGCGCGCGCAUGGAUGUAUAUGAGUGUGUCUCUGCAUGAGAGAAAAGACCAAUUACGAGAACCUGUGAACCAGUGAGUGACACAAUUCUCAACACUGUGGCCCCACCCCCCAGCCCUGGGAGCACCAUCCUCACAUGUGAAUGAUUCUCAUUAAGAGUUGGCAAUUUGUGUGUGUGUGUGUGUGUUAUAAUUUCAUCUGAUCUGUUUUUUGACCAGUUUGAAAGUGGUUUUUGUUUCUUGAUGUUUUUAGUCAUAACUCUUUAUUUUUUCUUUAUUAUUACAUGACUUCUCCUUUUUUGUAAAUAUCAAUGAUGUGGACUUACAGUGACAAAAAUACUGCCUUUGUAUAACUUAGCAAUAUGUUAUGUAAAUAGUGUUUUGUUGAUGCUUUUUGUAUGACAUUAUUAUUCAAUUCUAGUGCAGUAAUUCCAACCGGAGCAGCCAUGUUUUAAAUGCAGUCUGAAUGAUUACACACAGGUUAUAAAAUAAAACUCAUGACAUGGCUGCUUUUUUCUGUUAUUGGUGUCUAUUUGUCUUGCAGAUUUUGUGUAAUUUAUUGGUUUAAUUUAUCCUAAUUUAUUUGAUGUUGUUUUCUUUUGUUUCUCAAACAGGGAAGGCUGUACUGCAUUUCAAUAAGUAGAACCAACUUAAAAGAUUUUAAUCCUUAUCUACCUAAAACUGAAUUUUAAAAAAUGAUGAGCCUAGUGUGCAAAUUCAAUUAUCAGAAAUGAUCAAAUGGAGAACUUGGCAGAUAAAUUUAAAAAAAAAAAAAAAAAGGUUGUGUUUUGUUCCUGGACUGGGCCGAGGGUGGGCUAGAAAGCUGAAACUGGUAUGAAGCAGUUUUGUAUUUUCUCUUGAGAUUUUUGCCCCUGUAUUGCUCUGGCCUGGCCCAAAAAACAGUAGACAAAUUGCCUUUCGUGCCUUCACCCUCUAUGAACUGAAUGUAUGUGCAGUAUAUAUGCAAGCUUGUGCAAAAUGAAUAGAAAAUGGAAAUAAAAAUGAAAAAUAG